AUGGCAAACCCCGAGCUAGCAAUAGCCAAAGCCUCCUUCAGUGCCAUCCUCUUCCGCAAAGAACCCGUCUCGCUCACUCGCCCCGAGAUCGAGUCCUUCCACACUCUCCUCCACGACGCGAUACACCAGUGCUCGCCCGCCAACGUUCAGAAAUGCAAGCGUUGGAUUCUCGAGAACCUGGUCCCCUCGCCGGCGCGUGUCGCCGCCCUCGGUAAAUAUCUGGCCGCCCUCUCCAACUCCUUUCCCGACGAGGCCAAAACGAAACCGUCCACCCGACGACGACGCCUACACAUACUCUACGUCCUUCAUGACGUACUCUACCACGCCGUCGUCCGCGAUCGAGACGCGCGCUUCGCGACCGAGCUGGAGGCUAGCCUGACGCCCCUCCUUUACGGCGCCGCAAAGUUUCGAAACUGUCCGAAGCACACAAAGAAGGUCGAGGACCUGCUCGUCCUCUGGGAGAAGCACAAAUAUUUCUCACCAACCAGCAUCAGCGGCUUCCGUGAGACCAUCAUAGAAGCGCCCAACGGACGGAACUUGUCCAAGGCCGUAACGCAAGAUCAGACGGGCUCGAAUCUCGGCUCCAAGCUCCCCAAAGAUGCGCCGUACAUGAUACCCUCAAUCCAUGGGGAUCCCAACACGCCCUGGUUCGACCUGCCUGCCGCCAACUGGCUGCCGCACCUCACGCCGAACUCGACGAAGCCUAUGAACCCGGACAUGAUCAAGCCGCUGCAGCUCGCUCCUGGGCCAGCUGACAAGGCCCUUGCAAACGCCGUCAAGGACCUGCUCGUUGACGUUGAGAGGCUGUACAGCAAAAGCGCUACCUCACAGACUGCCAACUCGCAGCAGCACAUGGACCUCAGCGAGAUGGGCGAGCGCAUCGUGCUGGACGAGAUCACAGGCGAGGUUGUGGACGGAGAGACGUACUACGGCUGGUCGCGCAGGUUCUGCGAGAAGAUGAAGCAGCGCAGGAAGAAGGCCAAGAGAGGGGACGACAGUCGUGGACGGGGUCGCUCUGAUUCACGGAGCCGCUCGCGAAGCCGCUCACGCAGCUACUCCCCUGGUCGGUCCAGCAGAAGCAACUCCUCGCCCGCCUUCAAGCGGCUCGUUCUCGGCAUCGGAGUCAGCAACGCGGACGGUACGACUCCCGCCACAGUCCAUCUCGAUCGAGGUCGAGGUCAGGGUCUCGUCCACGCUAUAGAUCGAGAUCAAGAUCCCGUAAUCGAGGUCCGAGAAGAGACAAGGGCCGCACGAGCAAGUCACCCCCGCCGGAACGCAACCGACACAAUCUGGACUUCGGACCAGGGUAUCAUGACCGGGGACAACCGCACUACCAACCACCACCUCCUCAACCUCCCAGUUAUCCCCCGCCGCCGACUUUCCCGCCGUACCCUCCGCCGCUCCCACCGGCUAGCGGCUUUGGUCACUUUCCACCGCCCCCUCAAGGUUACCAGGGGCAAUGGCCUCCGCCGCCGCCGCCGCCUCCUCCUCAUAUGGGUGGCCCCUACCUCCACACAACUGGUCUCCUCCGCCGGGUUCUGGUGUACCUCCACCGCACACGGGCGGAUGGACUGCUCCACCACCGCCCCCGCAGCAUCAGUAUCAACAGUUUGGGCGUGGCAACGGCGGAUACCGCGGCCGCGGGGGAAGGGGAGGCUACGAUCGUGGGAGGGGUGGAUGGUAGACGUGUAG